CCGUCACUUCCUCUCUAUGGUCAUCGGGGGACAGAAGGGCACCUCGGCGGGCCCCGCUCUGGCCUCCCUGCACCACCGAGCGCGGCCGGAAGUGGUUGCCUGGCAACGCGCGGGGCAUUGUGGGCGCGGGGCCUGCCGCAGCCGGGAGCCGCCGCGAGGAGCGCCGCCGGGAUGAUGCCCACACCGGUUAUCCUGCUGAAGGAGGGCACCGACACCUCGCAGGGGAUCCCCCAGCUCGUCAGCAACAUCAAUGCCUGCCAGGUGAUCGCCGAGGCCGUGCGCACCACACUGGGGCCCCGGGGCAUGGACAAGCUCAUCGUGGAUGACCGGGGCAAAGCCACCAUCUCUAACGACGGGGCCACCAUCCUGAAGCUCCUCGACGUUGUCCACCCGGCGGCGAAGACGUUGGUGGACAUCGCCAAGUCUCAGGAUGCCGAGGUUGGCGAUGGCACCACCUCCGUCACCCUGCUCGCUGCCGAGUUCCUGAAGCAGGUGAAGCCCUACGUGGAGGAAGGCCUCCAUCCUCAGAUCAUCAUCCGCGCCUUCCGCACGGCGACACAGCUGGCUGUGAACAAGAUCAAAGACAUCGCUGUUUCCGUGAAGAAGGAAGAUAAAGACGAGCAGAGAAGCCUGCUGGAGAAGUGCGCAGCCACAGCCCUGAGCUCCAAGCUGAUCUCCCAGAGCAAGGACUUUUUUUCCAAGAUGGUGGUGGAUGCUGUCAUGAUGUUAGACGACUUGCUGCAGCUCAAAAUGAUUGGGAUAAAGAAGGUGCAAGGAGGUGCUCUGGAAGACUCGCAGCUGGUGGCCGGAGUUGCCUUUAAGAAGACGUUUUCGUACGCCGGGUUUGAAAUGCAGCCCAAGAAGUACCAGUCUCCCAAGAUCGCCUUGCUGAACGUGGAGCUGGAGCUCAAAGCGGAGAAGGACAACGCUGAAGUCAGAGUGAACACGGUGGAGGACUACCAGGCCAUCGUGGAUGCCGAAUGGAACAUCUUGUACGACAAGCUAGACAAAAUCCACAAGUCGGGAGCCAAAGUCGUCCUGUCCAAGCUUCCUAUCGGUGACGUGGCAACUCAGUACUUCGCGGACAGAGACAUGUUUUGUGCUGGCCGUGUCCCGGAGGAAGAUCUCAAGAGAACCAUGAUGGCCUGCGGCGGUUCCAUUCAGACCAGCGUGAAUGCCCUGUCAGACGACGUGCUGGGCCGAUGCGAGCUCUUCGAGGAGACUCAGAUCGGAGGAGACAGGUAUAACUUCUUCACAGGCUGCCCGAAGGCGAAGACGUGCACGAUAAUCCUGCGAGGAGGCGCAGAGCAGUUCAUGGAGGAGACGGAACGGUCCCUGCACGAUGCCAUCAUGAUAGUCCGGAGAGCCAUCAAGAACGACUCAGUGGUUGCCGGCGGUGGCGCGAUAGAGAUGGAGCUCUCCAAAUACCUCCGGGACUACUCCAGGACCAUUCCGGGCAAGCAGCAGCUGCUGAUAGGAGCUUACGCUAAAGCCCUUGAGAUCAUUCCCCGCCAGCUCUGCGACAACGCGGGCUUCGACGCCACCAACAUCCUGAACAAGCUGCGAGCCAAGCACGCGCAGGGAGGCAAGUGGUACGGCGUGGACGUCAACAACGAGGACAUCGCCGACAACUUCGAGGCCUGCGUGUGGGAGCCGGCCAUCGUGCGCAUCAACGCGCUGACGGCCGCCUCCGAGGCCGCCUGCCUCAUCGUGUCCGUCGACGAGACCAUCAAGAACCCCCGCUCCACCGUGGACGCCCCUCCCGGGGGCCGGGGCCGGGGCCGAGGCAGACCCCACAACCACUGAGCCCCCUCUCCCUGUCGGCGCCCUGAUGCGGCUGGGGCUCUCCUCCAGCGUGCAGAUGGGAAACAAAUUGAUUCCUAGCUUAAUUAACAGGCCCUUUACCAGAUGGUCACUUUGAGGGUUCACAGACAACCACUGGCCUCGUUUAAUUAGAGUCAAAUCUUGGCAGUGGCUGCGGCAGCCUCCUGCGAGGUGCCCUGCCCCAACAUUUCCUACACAGCACUGAUCCCCCGAGGCUUGCUCCGCCAAAGCUGUGCUGGGCAGAGCCCUCCUCGAUGCUGGCAGGCAGCGCAGCGAGCACGCCUGGGGUUUCUUUGUAUUUAUACGUCUUUCAGCUGGGGGGUUUGAACCCAGGCUCAAUAAAAGAAUGGCAGUGUUUCCGUGGCA